AUGGCCGACGAUACACAAUUUCAAACAAUCUUCAAGCAGGAAGAAGAACCUCAACAGUCAAUAACCUUUGAUUUCACUCAAGAUACUCAAGAACAGAAAUCGUUAACCUUUGACUUCUCAGAGGAUUCACAUCAAACGCCAGUAAAAGAGGAGCCGCGGACAGAAUCAGAGCAUCAGCAAUCAGAGCAACCACAAGCCGCAUCCCCGCGGCAACCACACCAGAACUCAAGCAGACCAGGUGGUUUCUUCCCUUCAUCCACCACUCUCCCUUCCCCAGCCCCAAGCAACCAAUCCCGCCUACCCCUGGACCUACCCCACCCACGGGCAACUGCCCUUCGCCCUGGCUCCGUUAAGGAAGACAAUCUCCGGCGGUUCGUCGAGCAGCGCAUCAUGCACAUCAACCGACGUUACGUCAAAAAGUUUGGUAUCCCAGACCCAAACGACGAGGUGGCGGGCUACCAAUCUAUCAGCGAGCUGUGCCGUGAUCUCGACUCGGUCAUCAACAUGCUCUGGCUGUCAGGCACUCCGGGGAUACAGAUUCCAUAUUUUCUCAACAUAGCCCAUGAGCUGACUACCUGGAUCGACUCAUUCCCGCCCAGCCCGGCCGCCAUGCUUGGCACGCUGGCCAGGCUGGAUCACUGUCUCGCCAGUCUGAUCGCCGGCAGGGACAUUCAGACGGAUGAGGACCUGCCCGGAUUCGUCGUGCUUCCCGGUGGGACGGGGGCCCGGCUGGGUGGCAUGAGCCGCACCGACAUGGUGCGCUGUAGGAGCAUUGUGGAGCAGACACGGUUACUCGUUGUCGACGUUAUGAGUCGGAACCCGGAGGCGGAAGGGAUGGAGAUUGUUGAGGAAGUCACCGAGACCGAGGCCGAGACGACAGACGGUGAGGGCCGGUCGGGGAGGUUUGGUGGUGGUGGUUAUGGAGAUGACGAAGACGACGCCAUCCACUUGGCUGCCGCAAAGGUCUAUGAGAAUACGCUGAUACAACUUGGGAACACCCUCGGGCAGGGGCCAAUUGCCUGA